GUCAUACGCAACCCUCCACGGCGGGAUUCCACGAAAAAGGCCGUGACAAUCGCGACAGGUUCAUCGGAACGCCGUGGGAUUUAUCGAAUAGUUGAAGCAAUCAAAGGGUUUACGAUAAUUCUCGGUUUGAGUGUGUGCACAGCUUGUAGCACGGUCUGAAUUGCACAUGUACACCCCACAAUACACGAUACAACAUUCAAUACCUGCGAUACGUUAGACGUCAUCACUGCCUUCCAUCUCAGGACAGAGCGACCCCGCGCGCCAGAACGAACGGGCUCAGCCUAACGAGGAAGCCGCGGACGCCUCUGCUAGCCCUCUUCGUUUCGCGCCUGACUAACGUCGACCACGCUUGUAGCCAUGGACGAGUAUACCAACGGCGCAUUCGCGAACAGAGACGGACGCGUUCCGGUUAUACGACUCGACAGCCCGAGCUCCCAGUCCGAGCCUAAUAACAACUCGCCAGGGAAAGAGAAUAAGGGAAAGAACAACUCGAUUCGAUCAAAGCUCGGAAACAAAGCUCGCAAGAUGGUUGGGCGAUCACCGGAUAACAAAGGCGACAAUGGAGAGAAGGCAGAUAAGGGCCCAAGUAUGCAAGACCGCCUAUUAGAGAAGCUGCUGCAGCAGGUCAUACCGGUGGAGGACCAACCCAGAAACCAGGAAGGGUCUCCAUAUUCAAAUCGCAUUGAACGACCUGCCUUCAGCCUCCCAACCAUGUCCGCAAACUUCCGCCGCUUCAACUCCCGCAUCGGCGUUGUCUUUGUCUUUCAAGCACGUAUGACCCGCCUUCUCAGUUGGCGGAAAUAUUCACACACCAUCUCCCUCCUCGCAGUCUACACCUUCGUCUGUCUAGACCCGCAUCUCCUCACCGUGCUCCCACUCGCCGGCCUACUCCUCGGUGUUUUCAUCCCCUCCUUUAUCGCACGACACCCCGCCCCCCCAGUAACCCUCUCCACAUCCUUCGAAUACUCCCCCCGCGGCCCUGCCCUCGCACCAGCACCAACCGUCAAGCCGGUCAAAGAGCUCUCCAAAGAUUUCUUCCGCAACAUGGGGGACCUACAAAACUGCAUGGAAGACUUCAGCCAGGUCCACGACCAGAUCCUCACCAAGCUCGCUCCACCCAUGAACUUCAGCAACGAGCCCCUCUCCUCCGCCCUCUUCCUCUUCCUCUUCAUGUCCACAGCCGCCAUGUUCAUCGCCUCCCACCUCGUCCCCUGGCGCUUCUGUUUCCUCAUCGGCGGCUGGUUCGUCAUCUUCUCCGGCCAUCCCGCCGUCGCCAAAAUGCUCGCAAGCACCCACGACCAGCACGUCGCGCCGCGGGAGUCGGAGGCAAAAUCCUGGCUCGACACCUGGGUCGCUAAGGACAUCAUGCUAGACAUGGAGCCCGAGACGCGAGAAGUCGAAGUCUUCGAACUGCAGAAGCUCGACAGCAGGGGCGAAUGGGAGCCCUGGCUCUACUCAGCGAGUCCGUAUGACCCUCUAGCAGCGCCGCGGAUCGCGAACGAAAGGCCGCGGGGGACGCAGUUCUUCGAGGACGUCGCGCCGCCGCGGGACUGGGAGUGGAGCGAGAAGAAGUGGAAUUUGGACCUGUGGAGCAGGGAGUGGGUGGAGGAGCGGAUCAUUACGGGCGUGGAGGUCGAGACGGAGGGUGAGAGAUGGGUGUAUGAUAUUCUCUAUGAGGGUUCGAAUCCGGAGCCGGGGCUGCGCGAGCCGGCGGGGAAGGUGAGCCAGAAGCCGAAGCCGACGUGGGAGGAGGGGGUGGAGGGGGAGGGGAAGAAGGGGCAGUGGAGGAGGAGGAGGUGGGUGAGGUUGGUGAAGAGGGUUGUGGUGACGAAUUCUCCCGGGGACGGCUGAGGUGUUGGCGUGAUGUGGGAUAUGUUUGUUACGGUCCCAGGCGCGCGCUGGUCUUACUCAGAAGGCACUCUGGUUUCUAUGACCAAGGGAUAGUGCGUGGGAUUUUGAGUCAUUCCCCUUUCCGCCGGGCUCAACCUAAGGCAGGUGUGCCAAAACGUUUCGCGCUCUCGAAUUAAGAGAUCGAGUCAUGACUCUAUGCCGUAUCUCUUGGGUGAUGCAAAUUGGGGCCGGUAUUAAUGCGGAGAUCUUCGAAUACCGGGGCGCAUUACAUGCAUUACGGAUUUGUAAAAUGAAGAGGAAAGUGUAUGCUUCCGAUAAUGAUAUGGCAGGGCGGAAUACUCUGUAGAGAGCUACAAGCCUGAAUAAUACCUUCCUAUUCAUAUGGCCCCUGAAAUGGGAUUAUAACAGAGUUAUAACAGAGAAAUACAACAUAAAUACUAUCACCAACAUAUAUAAGAC